UUGGUUAAAGCGUAACGACGCUCACUGACGUUAUUCACUACCCAUCGUCCUCUGCGAAAUGCGGAAAAGCCUGGCAAAACAAAGAGUGUUAGAGGAGAGGUACGAACAUACUUUGAAAUCUUCAACAAUGUCUAAAAUAGAGCGUUUAAAUGCCCGUGUGGCAAAGCUCUUGACUGUGGCUGUACAUGAGGUAUUGGAAGUGGUGAGAGAGACGGUAUCGGAGUACCAGGAGAAAACUGCUCGAACACAAAGAGAGAAUGAGAGUCUCAGACGGAGGCUACAGGAACUGCAAGACAAGGUGAAGAGGGCGAGUACAGCAGGUGCACAGCCCGCUGCUCUUCCUGCCUCUAGAGGAAAGUCUCUCAUAGAACAGCAGUACGGUGAACAGGAGUGGAGCUCCAGUCUAAGGCAGGACAUAGAGCUCACACUGACUGAAGAGAAACAGGAGAUCACAGAGGAGCACAGAAUCAGACAAAGAGAAGAGGACGGCAGUGGACUGGACUCAGAUCACAUGGGCGAGUCAGAGAUUGACUGUGACAUACUGGUAUCAGCACAUGGCACUCUGGGAUCUGAGGACGUUUCUCCAAAGACUGAUGCGGCUCUGUCAGUCUACAUAUCUCACCCUGCGUUAAGUAACACUGAUAUUGACUCUAUCCAUUCUGUGAAUACUUCAAACUCCCACGCUUCAAACACUUCUAAAUCCCAGGUUCUAUCCAUUCUGUCUGCCGAUGAAAUUAAAAUAGAACCUGAACCACCAGGGUAUGGAACAUCCCUACAGCACUCUGCACAAAUCCAUUUUUAUGAUGGUGCAGAAUCGAGUGCCGACGUAGUACAAACUGAAUCAACUCAGGACCUUCAUCAAGUUAACACAGAGUCUUAUGGACUUGUGUACAUUAAUUCAGAUCACAGCACUUUUGAGGACAGAUUUACAUUUGAAAAAAAUAUUAGAUCGCUAUUGGACAGUAGAAAACACAAACAAUAUCAGAGCAGUCAGGAACAACCCCACUGUAUUCUAGGUGGAAAGACCUUCGCUGGAGUCGGAAAUCUGAGAAUACAUCAGCGCCAUCACGCGGGUGAAAAACCUUACUGUUGUAUGCAGUGCGGUAGACGGUUCAGUCAUGCAGGUGAUUUCAAAAAACACAAGAGAGUUCACACAGGAGAGAAACCGUAUCGCUGCACCGUGUGUGGAAAGGGUUUCAGUCAGUCCGGAUAUCUGAAAAUACAUCAGAGAUAUCACACAGGGGAAAGACCGUACUCCUGCAGUCAAUGUGGGAAGAGUUUCAGUCACUCAAGUAACCUUAAAAAACACCAGCAAAUUCACAUAGGUCAGACACAGUAUGUCCUAGUACCUGCGAUUGAUUGGCGACCUGUCCAGAGUGUAUUCCUGCCUCUCGCCCAAUGCACACUGGGAUUGGCUUCAGCACCCCCCCGCGACCCUGACCAGGAAUUCAGCAAAAUGUCUAAAAUAGAGCGUUUGAAUGCCCGAGUGGCAAAGCUCUUAACAGUGGCUGUACAUGAGGUAUUGGAAGUGGUGAGAGAGACGGUAUCGGAGUACCAGGAAAAAACUGCUCGAACACAAAGAGAGAACGAGAGUCUCAGGCGGAGGCUACAGGAACUGCAAGACAAGGCGACAAGAAAGAAUACAGAAAAUGAACAAUCUGCUGCCCCCUCUUUCCCUGAAGAAAGAGUUUUGAUUGAACAGGAGUGGAACCCUAACCUGAGGCAGGACAAUGAGCUCAUACUCACUGAAAAGAAACAGGAGAUCACAGAGGAACACAGAAUCAGACAGAGAGAAGAGGAGGGAAGUGGACUGGAGUCGGAUCACAUGGCAGAGUCAGAGAUUGAUUGUGAUGUACUGGUGUCAGUGCAUGGUACACUGGGACCUGAGGAUGUUUCUCCAAAGACUGAUGCCAUUCUGUCGGGGUACGCCUCUCAUCCUGUGAUAAGUAACACUGAUUUGGACUCUGUUCAUGCCGUCAAUAUUUCAGCCUCAUUGUCUCCAAACACUUCCAGCUUUGGCAUUUUACCUACUUCUGAUGACAUAAAAACAGAGCCGGAUUCGUUAGAAUACACUACUUCUCAGCACUCUUCUCAAAAUCAUUUUUAUGAAUGUGCAGACACAAGGAGUAACUUGGCACCAACUGACGCCAUCCCAGACCUUGAACAAGUUGAUACAGAUUCCUAUGGAGUUGCGUACUUUCAUUCCAACCAUAACACGUUUGUGGAUAGAUUUUCUUUAGCAAAAACUAGAUCAGUGGUAGAUAAUAGAAAACAUAAGCAAUAUUACAGGAAGGAGGAACAACAUCGCUGCAUUUUGUGCGGUAAGACAUUCAGUCGGGUGGGAAAUCUGCGUAUACAUCAGCGAUGUCACACAGGAGAAAAGCCUUACUGUUGCAUGCAGUGUGGGAGACGGUUCAGUCAUGCAGGCAAUCUGAAAAAGCACAAGAGAGUUCACACAGGAGAGCGGCCUUACUGCUGCCAUCAGUGUGGUAAGACCUUUAGUCAGUCAAGCCACCUCAAAAAGCACCAGAAAAUUCACAUCGUCAGACAUCUUAGUGUUGCAUGAAGAGUACACAUGAACUUUGGAAUUCAAGAAGACUGUGUGGCUGUGAUUUCAAAAGUUGCAAAUAUGAGAAGAGUGUCUUUCAACCAGGAAGGUUUUUUUUCAGUUGUAAGAAAUACUAAAUCAUUUUUUUUUCUGCACAUAGCUGUAUAAUAACUUAAAUACAGUAAGAAUCAAGAUAGAAAACUGCAAAUUCAUUCAUUAUUUUUCUAUGGUGGUAAUUACACAGUUAAAAUUUUGAGUGGAAAAGCUAUAUCAGAAAAUAUGACUAAAAGCUCAUACAUCUGUUCAAUGUAGCAUUCUGAAGGCAUAGUUCAAUUUUUGUCAGACAUUGUGUAGAAGUGAAGAAACUUUUUUCCUCAUGUUGAUAUAUUUGCAAGUGUAUUGUAGCAGUUAGGAACUAUGACUUCUUAGAGGUUACAUGUUCAAAUUGCAAGUAGGGUACUGUCAUUGUAAUCUUGAUCAUGGUAAUGAAGUAAAAUAUCCAACUGCUUAAUUCAACAAAUAUGGGGAAUAUGUAAUGCUUGUUUGUCACUCUGGAUAAUGGCAUCUGCAGAGGAAAUAAAUAUUUUUGGGUACAUGUAAUUUCCUUCCACAUGCUGCAUUCUGUAUUAAUUGAUUUGAAGUUACCUAUAUGUACAUCUGAAGGCACAUCAGAUACAUUCCUUUUCAUUUAAAUUAAUCAGCAUAUUUAACGGUACACAUGUAGUACCCCGAAAUUGAUCCACAAACCUUUAGGGGUUACAAGGACUGCUCUUUAAUCACUAUGCCACACUGCCUGAAUCAUUUAUUAUGUAAACGUUUAUUUGCAGGUUUUUUGAAUGACUGGACUGCACAUUUUUUGACUUUUUGACUUUAUUCUUAUGUAUUUUGUUGUCUUUCCAGUAAAAUAGAUGUUUCAUCAAAAAUAUCUUCAAAGACAUUUUCAUUCAUUUUUUCAUCAUGGUCAUUGAAAAAUAUUUUCUAAAACAUCUGAAUGGAAAAAUCACUGAGGAUUUUAGAUUUUUUUUUUUUUUACAUUUCUUGGAUAUGAAAGCAUUUUGUAUUUUCUUUUCCUAAGUUAAAUAGAUUAUUAAUCAUAAAUGUUAAUUCUUGUAUUUCACCAUGGUUGUUGAAAAAAGAAGAGGUCUAGUCCCCCUGAAUGGAAAGAGCACAAAUGUAGGGUUUUACAGUUGUUGUUUUUUUUUUUGUUUUUUUUGCUAUGUUUUAAAAAAAAAAAACUUUUGGGAUAUUACUUAGUCCCUAUAUUUCUUAUAUAUUUUCCUGUCUGCCCUGUGAAAUACAUUUUUAUUAAUAAAUAUCUUCAAACACA